AUGCGGGACCCGCUGCGCUCCGCGCCCGCGCUGGCCCUCUGCGCCCUCGCCCUGCUCCGCCUGGGCUGCGCAUCCCCCCGCGCGCCCACCCGGGCACCGACCCGAGCAUGGACCCACGCGUGGACGCGGGUACCCGUCCGGGCACCGACUCACGCACCCACCCGCGCCCCGCUGCGCUGCCCCGCGCUGAUGCUGCAGCUGCUCCGCACACCCCCCGCACCGCUCCGCGCCGCCGCCGCCGCUGCCUUCAGCCUCUCCCCGCACGGCUCCCUGCAGAACGGCUCCCGCUGGGCUCUCUCCUUCGACAUGUCCUCGCUCUCCAGCAGCCAGGAGGUGAGUCUGGCCGAGCUCCGUGUCCAUCUGCCUGGCUUCUCCUCAGCCCAACACGUCUCCCUGGACAUCUACCACAGCCGGCGGUGGAGGUGCCAGGCCAGCGGGAUCUGUGCCCACCAGCUCUUCCUGGGCACUGUGGCUGGCAGCCCCUCUGCCACCCAGGCCUCCUGGAAAAUCUUUGAGGUCACCAGCCUGCUCCGGUCCUGGCUGCACCAAAGCCCUGGGCACCGGGAUCCCACGGGAAGGGAGCGGUGGGAGCUGAGCGACACGGCUGCCCCGGCCACCAGCGCCGUGCACUCGGCCACCUUGAGCGACACCAGCCCCGGGGAGCCGGCCCUGCCCCAGGAUGUGAUGGACAGAGUCCUGCUGCUCGUGUUCUCCAAGGACAAGUCUCCAGGAGAGCACAGCCUCAUCAGGACAGCAGAGACCUCCAAGCACGUCAUGCGGGAGAGCGGCUCGCAGGGCGCGGGGAGCCGGCGGCAGCGCAGGAACAGGAAGGAGAUGCAGAGGAUCAAAGUGAGCAACGCUGCCGUCUCAGGGGAGGAAGGCAGGUCCCUGUGCAGGAGGGUGGACAUGAUGGUGGACUUUGAGCAGACCGGUUGGGGCAGCUGGAUCGUCUACCCCAAGAAGUACAACGCGUACCGGUGCGAAGGGCAGUGUCCGUCGCCCGUGGACGAGACCUUCAAGCCCACCAACCACGCCUACAUCCAGAGUCUGCUGCAGCUCUACAAGCCCAACCAGGUGCCCUGCCCCGUCUGCUCCCCGGUCAGGAUGAGUCCCCUCUCCAUGCUCUACUUUGAGAAGGGAGAAAUUGUUGUCCGGCACCACGAGGACAUGGUCAUCGAGGAGUGUGGCUGCAACUGA